ACUACAUAGAAACAGCUAAGGUUGUACGCUAAAAUAUUAAAUUGUCGGCUUUAGUGACUCAUGGACGUUUCUGUGCGCAGUGUAUGUUAUAUAUUCUUCUAGCAGACAUCAGGAUGUUAUAUGCCGAGAUCAGUUAAUUUCAUUAAAAGUGCUCAUAACAAUAAAAUUAUAGUGACAAAAACCGAACCGUAAUUGUGCACAUUGUAUAGUAUCAAUGAAUUCGUUUUAAAUUAUAAAUUUCAAUAAUAUACUUAAUAAUUUAUUAAAAUAACAUGAUAAACACACAACCAAAUGUUUUUCUACAUCUACCUAUAGUUUGAAUAAAACGAUGGACUACAACGGUUGCGGAGAAACCAAAGAGCGAGCGUGAUGCCGUUCAAUGGCAACGCGUUGGCCAAGUACUUGGUCAUGCUGUCGCAAGUGAUCGCUUGGUGUACGGUCAGCGCAAUGCUAUUGCGAAGGGGCUUGAACCAGGUGAACGCGGCCUCGCAGCAACCGCCGUUGCCAUCGUCGUACGGCAACAAAUCUUACGACGGUCCGGACGCGGCAUUUGACGACAGCAAUGCGUCAUCGACCGUGGCUACGGAUUCCGACCAUCAUCAGCAUGGGACGUCGGUGAUGGCGGAAAAGUCGUUUAACGAAAACGGUGCGCCUGCCGUAGUGGCAGGCAUAGUGAUGAUCGCGAUCGCAGUGAUCAUGUUGAUCAUCAGCCCCACGAUCAUGGUGAUGAAAAUAAUCGAGAAACGCAAGAAAAGGAUCCUGGACACGGAAUUGGAAUCUCCGCCUAAGUACGAAGACGUGGUAGAAAGCGCCCCAAGAUAUUCGUCGUUAUUUGUAUUUAAUAAUGAUGGUGAAAUGGCGUUGGUGUCUGAAAAUAUACUACACACAGAAAAGGAUAAUAUUCAAAAACAACUCGUUUGAAAUUAUUAAUUUCAUAUUGUAUUAUCUACUUCACAUUACUUACACUGCCACUACAUCGAUUGGCCUAAACCUAUAGAUAGCUAUUCAAAAAAUAUUAUUUAUUUAUGCUAUGAUUUAGUGUAUAAACCUAAACUUAAAUAAGUUAAAACACUUGAACGAAAAAAUAUUUUUUAACUGAAUGAAAAAAAUAAAUAUUUAUA